CUCCUCGUCGUUUCCCCCCGGGGCAGCUCACCUCCCGCGCAUGCGCGCCACGUGCCUCGCGCUCUCGCUCGGUUUGACUCGGGAUUGCCCGGACAUUUUCGUCUCUUUGUUUUACCCAAAGUGGAUUUAACUCGGAUUGAGGUUCUCGAACGUACGGACUGCAUCUAUAUUUUGGACUUCCACACAGUUGCAUGAUGCAGAGCUAACAUCACGGCCUCUCCUCAAAGCAAAGCUGGCAGCCAUAUCGUGGACGCAAAGAGAUGACGACUUUAGGGAACUCUGACAUGCUGACCAGGAAGAUCAAGCUGUGGGACAUAAAUGCCCACAUCACCUGUCGACUGUGUGAAGGUUAUUUGAUUGAUGCCACAACUGUAACAGAAUGUUUACACACUUUCUGCAGGAGCUGCUUGGUGAAAUACCUGGAAGAAAACAACACAUGUCCGACAUGCCGAAUUGUGAUUCAUCAGAGCCACCCUUUACAGUACAUCGGCCAUGAUAGAACAAUGCAAGAUAUUGUCUACAAACUUGUGCCUGGACUUCAAGAAGCCGAAUUAAAAAAACAGAGAGAUUUUUAUCAGAAACUUGGAAUGGAAGUGCCUGGAGAUGUAAAAGGAGAAAUGGGUUCCGUUAAGCCACACUUAGACCCACAGCGAAAUGGUGAAACAAAACCCGAAGAUACAUCAAACAAGGAGACGGCAGAGGAAAAACAAGAGGAAGACAAUGAUUAUCACAGAAGUGACGAGCAGGUAAGCAUCUGCUUGGAAUGCAAUAGUAGUAAGCUGCGAGGACUGAAAAGGAAAUGGAUCCGCUGCUCGGCGCAGGCCACGGUUCUACACUUGAAGAAGUUCAUCGCCAAGAAGCUCAACUUGGCAUCUUUUAAUGAGCUGGACAUUUUAUGCAAUGAAGAAAUUCUAGGAAAGGACCACACUUUGAAAUUCGUAGUUGUGACGAGAUGGAGAUUCAAGAAAUCUCCACUCCUGCUUCAUUACAGACCUAAAAUGGACUUGCUGUAGGACAGAGUGGUUGUUCUUUUGGCCCCAGGACUGUGCAACAUUUAUACUUAUGCAGAGACUAUCAUUGAGCACAUGGUGCACCUCUCAAAAAAAAAAAAA